GCUUGCUUUAUUGAUAGGAUUUCGUAGUUAAUAGGUAUUACAUUCUUAUAUCAUAGCCUUACUUGCAUUUUAAACAUACUAGGACAAGUAUAUUUUGCGUAAAUAGUAAAAUAACAUACAACUACUAAUGCCAUAAUUUUUCAUAAAACAACCAAUUCGCAUUGACUGUGUAUCCGUUCUCAGUUUGUUUUACGAGUAUCAUCGAGAUUUCCGUCAGCAACACCAUGAAAUUACUGCUGAUAUUUUCCAUCAGCAUCAUCGUGCUCCAAGCCUUUCCUGCAAAGGGGGGGCAAGUGGAUCUGGAAACCGACUGCAACACCGUCCCGAACGUCACACAACCGACUGCUCUGGAGCCGAUAACGUUUUCGUUUCGAAACGAUCUGUUAACACGAGGCGAAUGUCUUAUGUAUGCCAACUUGAGCCAAAAUGGCAAAAUAUGCAGUCCGAUUUUCGGCGUCCACGAAUGCGAGGGUUCAUCGGAUGACCAGUAUCUGCUAAAACCACUCUCUAGAACUUACAUCGAUGUCAGAUGUUCAUGGGAGAAUCGAACGCUUCUGACCAAUAUCACAAAGAAUAUCCAUCUAAUCAGCCCCACACGAGCGGUUAUCAUCAAGCUGAAAGAGCGCAACGAUUCUCUCGAUCCGGUCCACCUUGAGGUCAUCAAUCCGAUUCGGAACCAGCUCAUCCAACUGCAUGUCUCAGAAGUGCGUACAACGCUAAUUUGCGCAAAGAUAUACGACAUUGGGGUGCUGCCAAAUCUGAUAUUUCUCGGGAUUCAGUCUGGAUUGGGCUUAGAGAUCCAGAAGAAACAUUUCUCGCGGAUGCCUCAGAUACGCAGCAUCAUAUUCGCGCACUGCACUAUUGCAGCGCUGGAGCCGUACACUUUUACUGAUUUACCACACUUGCAGAGCCUAUCGCUCGAAGACGGCGCCGCUUCCGAUCUGUCUCUGCUCGACGACCAUCCCGAUCCGGCCACAAAGCGCCGUCUCUAUCCGUACAUGUUCAGUGAAGACGGUUUAGAAAGUAUCCGGAAGUUGCAUUGUGAUUGCUCGUACGCUUGGUAUCGCAAUUUCCUCAAACAGAAGCCCAGUCUAAUCUUCGGCAGGGGACAGGGUGAAAUUGCUAUGGUGGGAAACUACAUGACGCCAUUCAUUAACAUGAUGGACGCGUUUUCGGCUGCCGUGCUCAAAAUAGACUGUGCGCAGAACAUUACUUAUCACAAUGUGCAGAGAAACCUUCGCGGUAGUCACUAUUCCUACAACACAUCUUGUUAUGACUUACAGUGCUGAUGCGAAACAAAAUUCUAAAAGCGCGUUCAUGUCUAGAAUAAUCGUCGGUAAAGCAAAUGAAAUUUAAUGACUGCAGUUUGCGAUGGUAAAUUUCAGUUCAUCGGUAAUGUUUGAUAACGGACGAUGAAUGUCUUGAAUACCGAGUUAUUAUUAACAGUU